AGCAAGGGGCUCACAAACUACUAAACAGGAAAAGGGAAAAGAUUGCACGGUGGCUGUCGGCAUCAAUUCCUCUGGGAUGCAGAGGCGACGGGAGAUGACUGACAUCCUCUCACAGGGCUAAAACAAACAUCAGCAUCAUCAUCAAAAUCAUGAGCUCCUCAUCGGGAAGCCUUCAAAGCAAACGCCUUCCUUCGGAGAUGGAACGAGGCCAGAGGAUUCCAGAUAUGGACACAGCCCAUCAGAUUAGAGUAAGAGAGAGGCAGCGUUUCUUCGAGGAAGUCUUCCAACACGACGUGGACGUCUACCUGUCCUCUGCGCAUCUUUCUAUUCGAGACUACACCAGACCACCUAUUGGUAGCAUCUCAUCGAUGGAAGUGAACGUGGACAUGCUGGAACAGAUGGAGCUGAUUGACAUCUCUGACCAGGAGGCUUUGGAUGUCUUCUUGAGCUCCGGGGGAGAAGACAAUGUCUUAACCUCCACGAUGUCAGCCAAUGGAAAUAAUAACCCCGAGGGAGUCAUCACUAACGGACUCCUCCGACAUGUCCUCGAGGGUUUGGACUCCAAAUCCCGUGUGUCCUCCACAUCUUCCAAUUCUUCUUCUGAUAGCCAGAUUCACAAUGCCAAUGCAGGUGACACGUGUAGCAACACCGCCAAGAGAAUAGCAGCGCCGUCAGAGACAGAUGAGAGUGCCUGACUCCAAGUAGCAAACAUCAGACCACCACCUGCAGCCAUAAGAACUUUAACUCUACCCCACAAAUGUCACUCCCCUUAACUUUUGAUUGUUUGAGGCUAGUUUAUGGGUGCACUCCACGGUAGGAUUUAUGGACUCUGAGCACGGACUGGUUUUACCCAAAAUGUUUCACUGAACUUAAUAUAGUGAUAAAAUGUGACAUUUCUCGUGUUUUGACAAAUUUGUUUUGUCAGUUAGUGCAACAGAGAACUGAAAAGUGCAAAGUUAGCUAUUUUUGCAUUUUUUUGAUAAAUGGAGCAAAACGUGACUGAGCAGCCAACCAGUCAGCAUCUAUUAGCAAUCCACCUCAAGUCUGAAAUUGAUCUAGUGAAAAUUCUGUUUAAGGCUGAAGUAAAAGGGUUGCACAGAUUGACAUUUGAAAACAGUUUUAGUCCAAAUUUAAUAGCAACUGCUACACUUAGUCACUGUUUCACAAACAUUACAAGUAGAAGAAAACAAAGUACAGUUGACUGUCCAAUCUCUACAGCAACAAAAUCAAAUUGCAUGCCCGAUACUCUGUUCAAGGACAAGUCUUGAAACGCAUGCUAAACUACAAAUGAACACUUGCUUGGUAUACAGCUGCUGGAAUAAAAUAAAUUGCUCUCCCAUUUUA